GCUCCGCUUCUGGUUCUGUUUGCGGCAGAAACAAAGAUUCCGCCCGCAGCGGACCUGAGGUCAUCGCUCCUUGCCCUGUGCCGGGACACUUAGACACCCGGCCAAUCGCUAACCUGUCUUUAAAAAUCCUCCAAUCAGAGAGGACGGGACACUUCCAGCUCGCACUAUAAAUGUUCUUCCCUAUCUCUGCACACUCUUAUCUCACCGUGCUAUUUUUCCUUCACUCUUAAUAGCAUUUGCUGAACCUCUAGGCCUUCUUUCCCCGCUGAAUUGGUGGGGGUCAAGUGACAUUCAAACGGCCAAGACAGCGAGUUUCCCAGGGUGUUUCUCAGGCUAGCUGAAGCGUCAGCACCGCGGAACCCUCCUGACCACGAAGUACGUUCUGCUCUCCGCCUCAGGGUGCGCAAGUUCUGCGCGUUAGAAGCCGCGGCUGCUUCCAUUCCUCCCGGCGCUCUGUAGGUGCGGUCUGCGGAAGGACAGCGGCGCCGGGUCCCUCCGCGGCUGGAGGAGCUGCUCUGCGGCUGCGACUCGGCUGACUCUGUCCAUUCAUUCCCGGGGCUCGCGGAGGCCGCCGGCCGCGGACAGAGGCUUCCGGGCCGCCCCCGGGCCCCGCCGCCGCGGGGCCCCCGCACGGCCGCGAACCCGCGCGGGCCGCCUUCCCCGAGAUCCCCCUGGACGGCACCCUGGCCGCUCCGGACUCCCCGGGCAACGCGAGCACGCUGCAGCCCAACGUGGUGUACAUCACCCUGCGCGCGCGGCGCAGCAAGCCGGCGCACAUCCGCGGCACCGUGAGGCCCAAGCGCAGGAAGAAGCACGCGGCGGCGGCCUGGGCGGGCGCUGGCCGCGGGGUCCCCGUGGGAACACCCUUACAGCAGCAGGCUGAGGCGCAGGGAGCGGGCCCCGCCGAGGCCGGGGUGCGGGGGGCUGGGGGGCCCCGUCCAGGCCGCCUCCAGCUGCCCGCGGCCAGGGAGAGCAGCAUCAGGCUGUACAGCGCGCGCGCGCCCUCGUGGCUGAGCGGAGACGACAUCCGCAGCCUGCGCCUGCUGGCCGACGCCGCGGGGUCCCUGCAGCCCGAGUCCCCCGCGCUCAGCGGGGCGCGCCUGCUGCUUCUGGGGGACCCCUCGGACGGCGCCCCGCCCCGCUGCGGCCCCAGCCCCUGCGCACUGCUCAAGCAGCCCCUGGACAUGAGCGAGGUGUUUGCCUUCCACCUGGACAGGAUCCUGGGGCUCAACAGGACGCUGCCCUCGGCGAGCAGGAAAUCCGAGUUCACCCCAGAUGGUCGCCCUUGUCCUGUCAUUCUCUGGGACUCAUCUCUAGCUCCGGCCAGUAAUGACACCCAUUCUUCGGUUCAGCUCACCUGGGGAGCUUAUCAGCACUCACUGAGGCAGAAGUGCUGGCUGCAUGGUCGGGUGCCCAAACCUGAAUGGGGCUGCACUGACGUCCACCACCAUGAGUGGUCCAAGAUGGCGCUCUUCGAUUUCCUGCUGCAGAUUUAUAAUCGAUUAGACACACAUUGCUGUGGGUUCAGACCUCGCAAAGAAGAUACCUGUGUACGGAAUGGAUUGAGGCCAAACUGUGAUGACCAAAAUUCUGCAAGGCUGGCGCACAUUAUCCAGCGAAAGCAUGACCCAAGACAUUUGGUCUUUAUAGACAAUAAGGGUUUCUUUGACAGGAGUGAAGAUAACUUAAACUUCAAAUUGUUAGAGGGCAUCACAGAGUUUCCAGAAUCUGCAGUUUCUGUUUUGAAGAGCCAGCACUUACGACAGAAACUCCUGCAGUCUCUGUUCCUUGAUAAAGUUUAUUGGGAAAGCCAAGGAGGGAGACAAGGGAUUGAAAAGCUGAUCGACGUCAUUGAACAGAGAGCCAGAAUCCUCCUCACCUACAUCAACGCACACGGGGUCAAAGUGUUACCCAUGAAUGAGUGAAAAGGCUAGAGUGCUGGAUAUAUUUAGGCAUUUUUGUUUCUGUUUUAAAACCAAGUGCAUUGAUCUCACAUCCUUCUAGAUGUGAGGCAGUUCAGAUGAAUGCAUGAAAUAAAUGAGUUGAACCAUGUAGACGUGAUGGCUGAUGUGUUCAGAUGUAGAUCUGAAUACUAUAUGCAGGCAUUAAAAGGUUUUUAAAAACAUGCUGCUCAAAAUAUAUAGUUGUGUUUUUCUCUAAUAUCACAGUGUGUCUCAGCAUCUGAUUACAGAAUAAUUCUAAUCCUUCCAACUAACUUUUAAUAGUAUUUUCCAUUUAAUAGAGCAGUAUAAACCAGAGGUACUGACUUUUAAUAAACCACAUUUUAUACCGUUUUGACUGAUCUGAUCAACUCUAGUGGGAGUGGUUUAUGACUUUGUUCUGCUGCUGACUGUUAAAGCAGCAGUUGCAGCACCAUCCAGAGGUGAGUGUACACUGGAAAAUUCAGAAACAGUCCCUGCAAAACUGCCAGCACCUACAGCACUUUCCAAAUAGCAAUAGUGGAUUAAUUAUAAAAUCAACAGUAUGGUUUCUGAAGUACCUAUAAACCAUUAUUCAUCUGUGAGGAGUAAGAUACAUAUAUUUCCACUCCUUUUUAGAAAUUUACCUUAUUGUCAAUAUAAAAAUUCUGUGUUUAACAAUUUAUAUGUUUGCUUUUUCUAUUUUGAUCUAAUUUUUUUGUCUAGCAGUUUAGAAAUUCAACAAUUCUAAGGUAAGAGUUUACCUGUUGGAAAAUGAACAUACAGAGUGUCUUUUAUGGAUGCUCUAAAAAUUUUAUCAUUUUACAAAAGAUAUGCUAUAAUUUCCUUAUAUUUAAUUAAUAAUAGAGGAUUUGUUCUAUGGAAUUAGGUUUACUCUGGUUUAGUGGAUAUUGCCCAUAUAUGACAACAUGUGCACAUGUUGAGUGUGUUUAAGUGUAUUGAUUCCCAUAUGAGAAGUACAAAUAAAAUAAAUUCAAACUUAA